UAGUUAAUGUGUCUAUUUGGAAAGCCAAGCGAGAUGAGGAGCAUACUGUGUGGCGUUAUCUAUUUCGUGGUCUUGGCAGCCGAAGCAGCUGGCGAUCUGGAUGUGUGUCUCAAGGAGGAGCUGGGCUGCAUGCGCGGCACCCUGAUGCCAGGAUAUAAGCCGGAGCAGGCGCAAUUCGAAGCAUUUAUGGGCAUACCCUUUGCCGAGCCGCCCAUCGGAGAAUUGCGCUUCCAGAAUCCCGUCGCUGCCCGCGGCUGGACGGGCGUAUUGGAUGCCAGCGCGGCACGCAGCCAUUGCCUGCAAAAGUGUUACUUUAUGGAGACGUGGCCCGUUUCCGGCGAGGAGGAUUGCCUCUAUCUGAAUGUCUACCGACCCGUUCAACCAAAUGCGAAUCCUCUGCCCGUCAUGGUCUACAUACACUCGGGUGGCUUUCUGUGCGGCUCCGCCUGCCCGAUGGCCAGUGGGCCGGAGUUCCUCAUGGACACACAGCAGGUCAUUGUGGUCACAGUUAGCUAUCGCCUGGGUCCAUUUGGUUUCCUGAGCACGGGCGAUGCGCACAUGUCCGGCAAUUUCGGGCUGAAGGAUCAGCGCUUGGCGCUUCAGUGGGUGCAGCAGCACAUCGCCUCCUUUGGCGGCGAUCCGAGCCUGGUGACCAUCUUUGGGCAUAGCGCGGGCGGCAUAUCCACGCAUCUGCACAUGCUGAGUCCCAGCUCGAAGGGACUCUUUCAGCGCGCCAUGUCCUUGAGCGGCACAGCGAUGAUGGCGGCUACCAUGGUGUACGAUCCGCUGCCGCAGGCUCGGCAGCUGGCCGAGCGCGUGGGCGUGGCACAGGCCGAGAGCCUGGACAGCCAGACGCUGGCCGCAGCCCUGCGCCGGAUCGAUGGUAAGGCUUUGCUGGCAGCCGGAGAUGUCUUCAAGCAGUGGGACAACGUGCCCUUUAUCAAUUACGGUGUGGUUGCGGAGCAGGCCGACAUGCCCGAGUCCUUUAUGAAUGAGUAUCCGAUGGCGGCCCACCUCGGCGGACGCAUCAAUCAGGUGCCCUGGCUGCUGGGCAGCACUUCGCGCACAGGCGAGGGCUCCAUGUUCCUGCUGCACACCGUUGCGAAUCCGCAGUUGCGGAAGGAGUUCAAUGCGAACUUUUUGGAACUUUACGGCCUGCUGCUCUAUCUGCCCAAGGGCUCAGGCGAGGACACGGUGCGACAAAUACUGACGGAGUACGGCGUGCAGGAUAUGGAAUUGAAUGAGGACACAUUGGCUACGCUUUCGGGCAUACUCGGCGAUUUCACAUUUGUCUAUCCCAUGCUCGUGAGCGCCGCCAGCUAUGCUGCAGUGGCUCAGCAGCCCGUCUCGAUCUAUAAUUUCGAGUACCUGAGCAACAUCUCGUAUGCGGCGAUACUCUCGGGUGGCAUCCUCUACGACAAGCUGGGCGCAUGCCACAUGGAUGACGCCCUCUACUCAAUCAGCAUGCCCAUGCUGAUGCUGGACUUUCCCAAGAGCUCGGAGGAGCAUUUGGUUAUCAAACGCUUGACUGCCAGAUUGGUGGAAUUUGCCAAGAACGGCAUCUUAUCGGAUGAUACCCAAUUGUCGCCCUGCACAGCUGAGGAGUUUACUUCGGAUGAGAUAUGCAACUAUUUCCGUUUUGGACAGCUGAAUGGGGCCUACCAUGAGACAGUCGAGAGACGUGUGGAUAUGCGCGGCCUGGCCCUGUGGAAGAAGCUCUAUACUUAAAUUAUAUUGGACUUUUGGAGUGCGACUUUCGAAACACACUUUUCUAUAUACACAGCACGGAAGGGACAAAACAAGUUAGACCAAGAGCUAAAGCACAAAAGGGGAAUACAAUGUGAUAGGUGUUAAGAGAUAGGGAGUAAGAGAGGAAGAGAAAGAGAGGGUAAGGGAGAGUGGGAGAGAGGAAGUGUAUCACACACAACUUAUUAAUUAGACACUUAAAAUGUAAGUAUGAAUAAUCUUGAAGACUUACUUGAAUUCAUGAGAAUCGCAAAGAAGGGCGCCACUCAAAAACAUAGUCUGCAUCGUAGACCAAAAUGUCGUAUACAAGCAUUUUCCAUUGAUUUACUAAAUGAAAUAAACAGAUAAAAGAUCGAUGAUGAAAA